AUGAAGAGUAUGCGAGGUCUGAUGCACACGACUAGUGUACAGACAACUAAUGAGAACAAGACCACAUUCGCUACGACUUCUUUUGCUGGCCAAAAAAGGAGCUUGUCUAUUACAGGAGAGGAACAUAGACCGAGUCCAUCUGCAUCUCGGACCACAGUUCAGUUUCAACGGGCUAUCAGUCUUCCCUCGGCCCCUCCUAGAAUUUCGGCGAGCCGCAUUGUUCGUCUAGAUGAGCGAGUCGGACCCUCCGAGUAUUCCCAAAGAGCGGCUAUAGCUGCAACUCCUACGUCCACUAGUGAUCCUGAGCUUGAUUUGAGCCACCCCACCUAUGAACUGCCGCAGCAGCUGGUUGAUAAUUUUGCUGCACUCGGUAUAAAACAGAUAUAUCCAUGGCAAAAGUCGUGUCUGAAAGGACCUGGCCUCUUGACAGGCAAGAAAAACCUUGUGUAUUGUGCCCCGACGGGCGGUGGCAAAUCUCUUGUGGCUGAUGUGCUUAUGCUCAAGAGAAUCUUGCAAGAAAAGGGGACAAAGGCCCUCCUUGUGUUACCAUAUGUUGCAUUGGUGCAAGAAAAGGUUCGUUGGCUUCGUAGUGUGGUACAGGGCCUACGCUUCGCUCCCGAUACAACUCUCGACGAUGACAAGCGCAUCUGGCGCCGGCGGGCUGAUGAAAAUACAGUCCGUGUUGUGGGUUUCUUUGGAGGGGGCAAGGUUCGAGCGACUUGGGCUGACUUUGAUAUUGGUGUUUGCACAUUGGAAAAGGUCAGUUCUCGACAUGCAAAUGAUCGCCUUGGGUACAUCGUUAACAAAUCCAAGGCAAAUGCGCUCGUUAAUACUGCCAUCGACGACUGUUCUAUCUCCAAACUGCGCACAGUUGUGCUCGACGAGCUCCACAUGGUCGAUGAUGACCAUCGAGGAUAUCUACUGGAACUUAUGGCGACCAAGUUGCUCAGCCUUGAGCAACCUGUGCAAAUCGUCGGUAUGAGUGCUACUCUUCCAAACAUGGGCUUGAUGGCUAAGUGGCUUGAUGGACAUUGUUACGAAACUCGGUAUCGACCGGUUCCCAUUGAGGAGCAUCUCGUGCAUGAUGGGAACAUUUAUCCCGCAGGCUCUACAAGCAGUCUCAUCAAGACAGCAGCACAACUAAAUAGUCGAACUACACAAACACAGGCACAGGCAAAACCCAUUCGACGGAUUGAGCCUUCCGCCCAUAAGGAACUUCGCGAUCCUGUACUGAACGCAGUGGUGACACUGGCUUGCGAAACUGCUAUUGCAGGCUUCGGGGCCCUUGUCUUUGCUGGGAGCCGUGGUAUGUGCGAGUCUGAUGCACGAUGGAUCAGUCGAGCAAUGCCCGGACCACAAGACCUGAAGAUUGAUACCGUGGACAGAAGAAUGGAUCUGCUGGGAGAACUCCGGAGCCUAAACACUGGAGUUGAUCCAGUGUUGGAAGAGACUGUACUUUAUGGCGUUGCAUUUCAUCAGAGAGAUCUCAUCGCGGCGGCGUACGAUGCUGGAACAUUGCUCGUUUGCGUCGCCACGUGUAGUCUGGCGGCUGGUAUCAAUCUUGCACUUCUCGAGGUUGUAUCUAUACGGCUCGCGACAAGCCAUGAGUCAAUAUCAGAUUAUUUCUCGAAAUCGCUACUAAGCCAUACGCACGAUGCUGCUUUUGUUGACAAAUCCAUUACAUCGAGCCUGGAAGAAAUAGAAUCUAUGGGUUUUAUUACUCGCGACUCUCUGUCGAUGUUCACGGCGACACGAUUAGGGAAAGCAAUUGUGGCCUCGGCCAUCGACCCGGAUGACGGUGUAUUCGUCCACGAUGAACUUAGUCGAGCUCUUCAGGCCUUUGUCAUGGACGGCGAAAUGCACGUAUUAUAUGCUUUUACACCGGUCCAGGAGUCGGGCGUCAUGGUGAACUGGCAGGUAUUUCGAAAUGAAAUGGAGGGCUUAGAUGAGAGUGGUUUACGGGUCCUGCGCCUUUUAGGCAUCAAACCCACUACAAUCCUCAAACUAGCUCAGGGUGCCACGCUUCGAGAGACCACCCAAGAGGAGAAGCAGAUAGCUCGCGUUCAUCGACGCUUCUAUCUUGCCCUCCAGUUACGGGACUUAUGCAACGAGGUGCCCAUUCACAUAGUUGCACGCAAAUACGAUGUGCCCCGUGGAAUGGUUCAGAACCUGUCACAAACUUGUCAAGGUUUCGCUGCUGGAAUGAUCAAGUUUUGUGAGCAAAUGAGCUGGGGUGUAAUGGCUGCAGCCCUUGACCAUUUCUCCGAUAGACUGGUGGCUGGUGCACGAGCUGACCUGCUGGCUUUGGCAAAAAUUCCAUUCAUCAAAAGUCGCACGGCGCGUGUUUUCUGGGAGAAUGGCUUUCGUACGGUAGCAACAAUCGCGAAUGCAGAUCCGACAGAGCUUCUCCCCGUACUGAUGCAGGCACAACCAAAUAAAAUUCGUCUUAAGGGCAAAGAUAACGAGAAGUAUGAAGAGAAACUACUCGUCAAGGCAAAGGUCAUAUCCGACGCUGCGAGCAAAAUUUGGAAACUGCAGAUGCAGGCCGAAAUGGAGGAGGAGUAG